AUGUCUUUGAAUUGGGGGUUAGUUGAUUUUAUGUUGGACAACUAUGCGUCCAUCACUGCAUCCCCGAUCAAUGGUAGCUUACACGACAUUUAUGUCAUUUAUUCCAUGUUCAUGCAAAAUUUCCUAUGGAAGAAUAACGAAUGUGGUGAGACGUAUUACCAGUUUUGUGAAGAUUUGAAUAAAAUUUCAGAAGUAUGUGGUGGUUGCAUGAAUUUUGAAGAUGAUAGUGGCGGGAAUAUUUUUGGCCAAAAGAUUUCAUUUGUUGAUGGGGACUCCUUGAAAAUAUUGCAAAAAGUUCAUUAUGACCAAGCUAUUAAAUUGUCAUUAUCACAUACUGGCAAUAAAGCCAAGCAGAUUGCGAUCGAUAAAGAUUCUGUUCAGGUUAAAGAAAGAAAAAUUGAAAGCGAACCCAUAUUAUUAAAUAAGUUGAUGGGCAUUUUGGACCAGAGUGAAAUUGUAACCCCUAAUGCUAAGUGUCUAAGACACUUAAAUCAAAUCCUCUCGUUAGAACUCGGAUCCACUAAGUUAUCUAAAGAACAGGCAAAAUUAAACACUAAGCGAUCACCUUUCAUACCAAUAUGCUCAGAUCCGAAACAUGUGUCACUACUAUCCACCGUCAUCAAUACUGUUAACAACAAAAUCAUGUCUUUGCAAGGUGAAAAAUUAAAGAAGAUUGAAGCUGAUUGUCCGGAUAUUAUCGAAUGUUCGAACACGCACAUUCAUUUCAUACCAAAUUUAAAGCCACAGACGGAUCUUUCGUUGGGAGAUUGUUCGUAUUUGGAUACUUGUCACAAGUUAAGUACCUGCAGAUACGUCCACUAUCUGCAAUAUUAUCCUGAAUCUCUCCAAAAACAGAAAAUUGAAGAACAAAAAGAGCAACGCAAGCAGUAUUCGUUCUAUACGCAUGGAGAGUGCUGUUCUUCAUCGUUUAAGAAGCUUCUUCCUCCACAAUGGAUCAAAUGUGACGUCAGAAAGUUUGACUUCGAUAUUCUUGGUAAAUUUUCAGCCGUUAUUGCAGAUCCCGCAUGGAACAUUCAUAUGAAUUUGCCCUACGGUACUUGCAAUGAUAAUGAGUUACUGCAACUACCAUUUGAUCUCUUGCAGGAAGAAGGUUUAUUGUUCUUGUGGGUAACCGGCCGUGCUAUCGAAGUAGGGAAAGAAUCAUUGCAGAAUUGGGGUUACGAAGUAAUAAAUGAAAUAUCUUGGAUCAAGACAAACCAAUUAGGAAGAACAAUUGUGACAGGUAGAACUGGCCAUUGGUUGAACCACAGUAAAGAGCAUUUACUCGUCGGGGUCAAAGGCAAUCCGGAAUGGCUAAACAGAAAAAUAGACAUUGACUUGAUCAUUAGCGCAACUAGAGAAACCAGUAGAAAGCCGGACGAAUUGUAUGGAAUCAUUGAAAGACUUGUCGGUACACAUGCCCGUAAACUUGAAAUUUUCGGUAGGGACCAUAACAUCCGUCCUGGAUGGUUCACGAUAGGAAAUCAAGUGACAGGCUCAUCUAUCCAUGAAGUGGAUGUGAAAAGGAAAUACGAAAGAUUCAUGGAAAAAUCAAAGAAUUCAAAGACAAACUAA